AUGCCUGGUUCAAUCAAGUCUCUCAAGCGUCGGCCUACAGCCAAGUCAGCUGCCAAACGCAUCGGCCGAAUGUUCAAGCGUACAAACAGCGAUGACCCAGAAGCAACUUCGCCAGCAGACUCAGGCUUCUCCAAGGACUCACUCGACGGUUCCCGAGUUUCAACAUCGUCUCGAUUCUCUACAUCUUCACGUAUGACUACGAAAGAGGAUGUUGAACAGUCUCGACCAUCUGUGUCUCGAUUUGAUACCGCGCCUCCGAAAGAACGCGAAGCGGUACCCCCUCACCCAUUCUUUUCGUCUAACUCAGAGCCGCUUCUUGGGCAUGGCAAACCUGUUGGGUCUGGCAUGCCAGUUGAAACUGGAACAGUGAUUGAGCCUGGAACGUUGCCUUCCCCUGUAGACAAAAAGAUCAAGGAUGAACCCAAGUUGUCCGACACAAGGCCUGAAAAGCAACCCGAGACUGUUGAGAAGACCAAGGAUAUUGAGAAGACGGAAGAAUCGCCCCAGCCGGUGUCUACACCCAGGCCAGCACCGCGUCCUUUACCAGAGCCUCCAACAAAGACGACUGUACUUCCGGAGCCUGCGUCGCCUAUUCUCCCAAGAAAAUUCAGAGAGGAGCCCAAGGCCACUACUCAACCAAUGCCCAAAUUUGAGGAGAAGAUCACACAGAAGCUCGAGCCAAAGGUUGAAUCCAAGCCAAAAGCUGAGCUGGUCAAGAAAACAACGGUCCCCUCUCCAACUGUGGAAGAUGAGCCAGAGCCUAUCGUCAUGCGCGUCAAGCCGAUCAAUGAACAAACAAGACCCAAGCCGAAAGCUGAAGUCAAACACACUCCUCCCAAAGUUGACCAUCAGACGGUGUCUAAUGCUCAGCAUAAAGAAUUUCAGCCAAAGAUGGAGCCCAAGGUCCAGCCCAAGACUCAGGCUCGUAAGAAGAGCACACCUGUGCAAUCUCCUCAUAUUCCUGAAGUCACUCAAAAGCCCUCGAAGGCACUACCUUCAGAAGUACCAGCUACUUCAUCAAGGUCAACUGCUCCCACGAUGCCCUCCGUUACAGCAACAUUUUCUGCCCCAAUGACUGCUUCUAUCCCCAAUACGGCAUCAGUUCCAAGAUGCUCAGUCACACUCAGCACAUCGACAAUAUUUAUACCCAAGACUGCUCCAGCUCCUUACACAGCUCGAGCCCCUAUGACAGCUCCGGCUCCAAUCAUAGCCACUGCACCCAAAGUUGUCAUGUCGAUGCUCGGCUGGACUCUACCAAAGCCUGCUCCGAUCCCUAAGCGGGCUCAUUCUCCGGCAACCUCAUGGAUUGUGUCUUCUGCUUAA